AUGGCCUUCGAGAGAGCUCUACUACCACGUCCGGGCAGCCAGCAUUUUGACCGAGCGCAGGAAGAUUAUGAAUACUCAUCGCCUCGGCCGAUCUCCCGCAGAACCUUCUCCGAGCGGCCAAUGCCAGCAGAAGAGGCCCCGGCCUUCUUGAGCAGGCCCUCUGGCUUCGGUGGUGGCAUCUCUGCUGCGGAGGGAAGAGAUUCCUCGAUUAUCAACUCCUCCUCCGAUUCAGCCCAACAUAGCAGCCCUGCUCGCCCCGUGUUUAUGACUCCGCCCACACGCAGCGUGCAAGCAGGCGCUUCUGGAGUUAGCUCCCUCCCACAGCAGGAUUCACCUUCCACCAUGGAGGUGGAGGAAGGUGACGCAGGGCACAACAGGAAGCGCCUGAUCAUCGAGGAGGAAGGGGCGCAUGACGGCAGUGGCAGAGCACAGCGAUUGUCGCAGAAGAAGCAGCGCCUAGCCACUAGCCCGAUGGCCUCCGUGGAGCCCACAACGCUCUCCCGCCCCAAGAGACGCAUUUCUCCCUCCAAGUCGGGAUCCCCUUCAGAGGAAACAGCCACCAAGCGAAACAAGCCAACGACACAGCGGGAAAGUGCCGCCGUCUCUCGGGUCGUCAAGCGGAAAGCCCAGAAUGGCAGCCCUGACCGCAAGCUGCGAAUUUCCGAGACGGAGACCUUUACGCCCAAGAAGAGAAGGGACAUGGAAGCGUCGCCGCUCGAUAAGCAGCCAGUCCUCUAUCCCUCUCUGGGCGAUGAGAUGGACGCUACCUCUUACGAGAGCAGGACGAUGCGCGCCACACCAACUCGACCCUCGCGUGAGGUGGCUUCCAUGGAAAUGGCUACCAGCCCUACACCUCCUCCCAAGCAGGAGCAGCAGCAGAUUGCUGUCAUGACGCCCACGCAGGCAGCAGUGGCGGUCCACCAGGUCAGGGAGGCACCAAGCACGCCUCCCCGAACAUUAGACGCGCUGCUUGCCUCGGCACCCAAGUCGAGCCUCAAGAGCACGCCUCGGCACCGUGUGGCGCUCACACCGCGCGAUAAGGAGAGGGCCAAGGGGACCAAGCUCUCGCCGGUGUUCGGAGCGCUAGGCGAACGAAAGAAGCCUCUCGUUUUCUCCGACGACGAAGACGAAGAAGCGAAGGCCGAGCAGCGGUACGAAGCCAUUUCGCACUCGGCCGAAAAGAAGCUCGAAGAGAAACGUCGACGCGAGGAGGAGGAGCAACAAGCCAAGCAGAACAAGCCUCCAAGGCAAAUUUCGUUGUCUGGGGUUCUGCCUCCUCCGCCGAAACCGGAGCCUUCUCCUGCUCUCUCGCUUUCGCUCUCGACGCCCGCAGUGCCCGUAGCCACUGUGCCGCCACCCGCAUCCGUCGCGCCGCAAGUCCAGCCGCCACCGACAGCCGCUUUCACUAUGCCCGCCAUCACGCCCGCACCUUCAGCUCUGCCGUCCGCACCCGCAGCGGCGACAGCUUUCUUCGCAGCCCCUACACCAGCUGCCCCCACCACGGCGCAGCCGCCCGCCGCCCCGUCUACCGGCUUGACGUCGUUUGCGCCCCCUUCGUCAUCUUCUUCGGCAACAGCUUUCUCAGCACCUGCGGCGACUAGUGCACUGGCCUCGUCGGGAUUCUCCGCGCCAGCUUCUACCCCUGCUGCUUUCGGCGCUCCCUCGUCCACGCCGACAUCCUUUGGCAGCGGUUUCACAGCGGCCACACCCACAGCCCCCGGGUCUUCGUCGACGCCUUCUUUCGGUGCACCCCAGACCGCGUCGACCCCGUCCUUCGGUGCUGCUCCCGCCUCGACAGCCCUGUUCGGCGCGACGACGGGCGCUUCAGCCACCUCUGCCGCUCCUUCGCCUUUCGGCGCAGCGCCCACGCCCUCGAGCGCUCCCUUUGGUGCGGCAUCCACCACGCCUUCAAGCACCACUCCCGCGUUCGGAUCGGCGACAUCAGGAGUCUUCGGAGCGCCCACCCCAUCCUUGAGCGCUACUCCAUUCGGGUCCUCGCCGUCGAGCACUCCUUUCGGUGCUGCACCCACCUCGUCGAGCACUUCGUUUGGCGCCUUAGCGCCCGCGUUUGGAGCGACCACCUCGACGCCGGGAGCUUUCGGCGGAGCCACAUCGGGUGGACAAGCAGCGUCGUCCAGCUUCGCCACUCCCUUUGGCGCCUCUACCUCCUCCGCCCCGUCCUUCCCCGGGUCCUCGGGAUCGGCUCCGGCCUUUGGUGGAGGAUCGAGCAGCUCUUCCAUUCCGCAGUUCGGCGGUGCAUCUGCUCCGGCAUUCGGUGCUGCUCCGGCAGCAUCAGCCCCCGCUGCUUUCGGUGCCUCCACGUUCUCCGCGCCCACGCCCUCGUUUGGCGCGCCCGCUUCGGCUACGGCUCCGUCUCCCUUCGGCUCGUCGACGACCAGCUCCUUCCAGCCCGCCAGCUCGUCUGCCCCGUUCGGUCAGCCGUCGUCGGCCGGAGCCUUCGGCGGAUCGUUCGGCGCUCCCGCCGCCACCCCCGCCCCCAGCUUCGGCGGAGCCUCAGCCUCGUUCGGCGCUCCGGCGUCGGGUGGCUUUGGCAGCUCUGCACCGGCGAGCAGCACCAGCAGCGUCGACGAGGGCUCCACCUUGGGCGCUGCGCUGCUCGAGGCAUCGGGCGGUUCGUCCGGGGCUCGGCGACCGGCUGUCCGCGGGCGACGACGUGGAGGAAAAUAA